AUGUCGAAUCACCUCAGAACACACCGCCGGCCUCGGCAUGCUAACAUGCGCCGAAAGGGUCGCACCAUGCCCUUCCGCGAGAAGUUCGCCCGUCGCUUUGGUGAUAGUCUUUCUCCACACCCUUCGCCGAACCAGCCAUACUUGUCUUUGACAUAUGAAGAUGUCAAGUCACUUCGCAAUGACUGGCUCACUGACAAUAAUAUCGCUUUCUGGGAGGAGUUCCUCGAGCGUGAGGUGCUCACCAAAUUUCCCCAGGCCAACAUUGUGCUUCUCAGACCCUCCAUGGCCUUUUUGCUCAUGAAGGACAGAGAUACAAACGCCGUACGGAAAGCAAUCCCCUCGUUUGAUGGAGUGACGCAUAUAUUCCUACCCAUCAAUGACAACCGCAACGUUGCCAUGGCCGAGGGCGGUUCGCACUGGUCUCUGCUCCUCGUGAGCGUCAUCGACGGCGUCGCCUUUCACUACGAUUCCCUCGAGGGCGCCAAUAAUGAGGAGGCGCUCAUGUGCUUGCGGCGGCUGGAGCAUGUUCUUCACAAGAAGCUGCGCUUUCACCACCUGUCAGAGUGCCCGCAACAGGACAACGGCAGCGACUGUGGCGUGUUCGUGUGCAUCAUCAUGCGCCAUCUUCUGGUCAAACGGCUACUCGCUGUUAAUGCUGGCGAGAAAAUAUCCAUGAGUAUGGCCCACAAGGCCAUUGAUGCUGUUGGUGCUCGCAAGGAAAUGAUCAAUAUUGUCAACAGCUUGCGCAAGGAAGGCGAGAGAAGACGAUCGUCGAGCCACAGCAACACCCCCCCACGUGUAGACUAA